UCUUACUCAGACAGAGUCAACGAAAGCCCUAAUCUUUCUUAUCUGACACAAACACUAACUCGUGUUUCAUAAUUUAUCUGUUAUUAAUGUUAUGCUCAAAUUAGGUAAUUUAUCAAUUAAUCUCUUUUUUUAUUUGGUCGUCUUCUAAAAAUCUCCAACUUUCUUCUCUUCCAUAGAACCUCAAAUUUCUAGGGUUUUAGGGGUUUUUCCUGAAUUGAAUUUCCCAGAUCGAGAUUCGCUGUUUCUCGAUUGGGGGUACUUUUCAACUAUUCCGGCGAUGGCGGAUGAGAAGAACGGUGGACGUCUGAGUGACGCUAGUGACUACUCAUCAGAGGACGAAGGAACAGAAGAUUACAGAAGAGGAGGUUACCAUACGGUUCGAGUCGGUGAUACUUUUAAGAAUGGAUCUUAUGUCAUUCAAAGUAAGCUUGGUUGGGGACAUUUCUCCACUGUCUGGCUCGCUUGGGACACUCUCAACUCUCGAUACGUAGCUUUGAAAAUCCAGAAGAGUGCUCAGCACUACACUGAAGCGGCCAUGGAUGAGAUAAAGAUAUUGAAACAGAUUGCAGAAGGCGAUGCGGAAGAUAAGAAGUGUGUUGUGAAGCUUCUUGAUCAUUUCAAGCAUGCUGGUCCUAAUGGGCAACAUGUUUGUAUGGUUUUUGAGUAUUUGGGAGAUAACCUCUUGUCGGUUAUCAAGUACAGUGAUUACCGAGGGGUUCCUCUUCAUAUGGUUAAAGAGAUCUGUUUUCAUAUCUUAGUUGGUUUGGAUUAUCUUCAUCGUGAACUUUCUAUUAUUCAUACUGAUAUCAAGCCGGAGAAUAUUCUGCUUUGUUCCACUAUUGACCCUGAAGCAGAUGCUCGGAAAUCGGGGAUUCCUCUUGUUCUUCCAACUGUGAAGGACAAGGCUGUUCCUGAGAGACCAGUUGAAAAAGAGAAACCUAAGAGUUAUACGUAUAGUGCGGAUUUGACUAAGAAUCAGAAGAAGAAGAUCCGUAAGAAAGCUAAGAAAGUGGAAGGUUCAGAGGAAAAUGAGAGAGACUCUUCUAACUCUGAGGCAAGACCAAAUGGAAAUGCAACUGUGGAGAGGUUGGAAGAGAGUUCUGAAAGAGUAAAAGAUGCAGAGAAUGUUAGUCAAAAGAGCCGGGGAAAUAGGAGAGGAAGCCAAUCCACGAGGCAAAAGUUACUUGCGGAUGUUGAUCGGAAAUGCAAGUUGGUGGAUUUUGGGAAUGCUUGUUGGACUUAUAAACAGUUUACGAGUGAUAUUCAGACAAGACAGUACCGGUGUCCUGAGGUUGUUCUUGGCUCAAAAUACUCAACCUCAGCGGAUAUGUGGUCAUUUGCUUGCAUUUGUUUUGAGCUUGCCACCGGAGAUGUUCUAUUCGAUCCUCACAGUGGUGAAAACUUUGAGCGAGAUGAGGAUCACUUGGCAUUGAUGAUGGAGCUUCUCGGGAUGAUGCCACGAAAGAUUGCAUUAGGUGGACGCCAUUCGCGGGAUUUCUUCAACCGACAGGGUGAACUACGGCACAUCAGGCGGUUACGGUUUUGGCCACUUAGCAAGGUCUUAACAGAUAAAUAUGACUUCAGCGAGGAAGACGCAAUUGCUAUGCAAGAUUUCAUCACUCCCAUUCUUCAAUUUGUACCUGAGAAGAGACCGACGGCUGCUCAGUGCCUAACGCACCCAUGGUUGAAUCCGGUCCCUAAAUCACUGAAACCGUCAUCGAGUCCACAAAAUCCCAAAGAAGAAGAAGAGGAAGCGUCGGAUGAGGAUAAAGAUAAGGAAAAGGUUGAGAGGGAAGCCAUGGAGGCAGGUGUUGGAAAUAUCGCCAUUGAUGGCUCGGAAAGAAAGACCUCAGCAAGAGAAGGUCGUCAAUCAGCUCGUGAUCUUCGUACUUAAGAAACAAAUAUAAAUGCCUGAAAAAGUUUUGUAUUUGUCUUUGAAUUUCUUCUCUGGGAAUCGAAGAUUUAGAUACUGUAUUGUUUUUUAUCCCUUUACUCUCGAAAACAGUUUUGAUAAACCCUAUAUUUGAAUUUUCAUUUGCUUUCGAACCAGUUUAUUAAAUGAUACAUUGAUCUUACAACAUUACCAAGCAAUGAGGACAUAGCACACAAGUCACUGGGGUUCAAUGGAGACCACAACAAUAAAUAUUUAUCAGACAUUUGAUGAACUCACCUCGCUCUAACUACUAGUAGGGGCCUAAUGCCAUAAUGUAACUGUGAUGAAUGAAAUUCACUUUCUUCACGGAUUUUAAACCUGUAAUAUUUACGUAUAUUUUGAGCGCU